AAUAUAAUUUUUCAAAAGAAAAAAUCAUUUGUUUUUUGCAAGGUAUGUAACAAUUAAUGUAUAACUUAAAAUAAUUUAUUUUCGUUUACUGCAAUAUGUAUCUUUUUAAAUUAUGUAAGCGAUAUUGCUAAUUUCGUUAAUAUUGUACAUACACUCUCGAAUAAACGUUAAACGAGUAAUACAAGUUAAUUUAUGGAGGCGGAUUCAAAAUUCAGGUGCGGAUCAUAACUUCAAGUGCCCUGUCCUUCCCGUAUAACCUUAAACUAAUAAAAAUGUCUUUAAAUUCUCUUUAUAAAGUGUUGUUAUUUUAAUAUAGUAUUAUAAGUAUGAACCACAUCUAUUUUAAUUCUUAUAUUAAAAUACUUAUCAUAUAGGAAAUGUACUUUCCUGAAAUCAUGAAAGCGUGUUAUGUUUCGCAGCCAUUAUUAGUUUGAAUUUUACAUUUAUGUGGCAGAGAAUCGCACACAUGUUAAAGAGCAAAUACGUAAAUGUCAGUCAUUCGGUAAGGCGAAUCGGUAUAGGUAUGUGACCGGGUGCAAUCAAACAAGUUGAAGUAGAAACGAAAAUCUGCCUUACCAAUAGUCAAAAUUUCAAAUUACUAUUAUAGUGAAUAAUAACAAUGGAGGGUCACCAGGUAAUAGCGCUGUAUGACUUUACAGGAGAGGCUGGAACAUCAGAGUUGUCUAUUACAGCAGGAGAAGUAUUAACUGUCAUGAGAGAUAAUGUGGGUGAUGGAUGGUGUGAAGGUUUUAAUCAGAGUGGAAAAUCUGGGUUAUUUCCAGCAGCAUACGUUCAGAUUUAUGAAUCUGCAACAACAGCUUCAAAUACUAUGACAACAUCUCAACAGAGUUCUGGAGAUUAUUGGGACGAUGAUUGGGAUGACGAUUCUGAAGUUGGUCAGACACAGGCGUAUGUUCCUCCACAACAACAGCAACAAUCGCACAUGAUACAACUAUCUCAGCAACAUAGUAUUGAUUAUGGAGAUACAGUUUCUUCACAAAUUAUUCAUUCCGUGAUACCUGAAAGGCCUAUACCUAAUAUACCAAAGAAAAAUAAUAAAUUUUCUACGUUAAUAAAGUCUGGUGAAGAUAGCUUUUUAUUAGGAAUGAGGGUACCAAAUGUUCCUGAAAGUGAAAAAAUAUUUAUUGAGGAAAUUGAUGGAGGACAUUGUAGAUGGGUUCCAAGAGGGGAAUCUUAUAAUUGUGCAGUAACGUCUCCCAAAAAGGAAUCCAAACUAAAGGGUCUUAAAAGUUUCACAGUUUAUCAACUUACACCUACGUUUAACAAUAUUCAAGUUUCAAGAAGAUACAAACAUUUUGAUUGGUUACACGAACGUUUGGAAGAGAAAUAUUGCUUUAUUCCUAUUCCACCUUUGCCAGAUAAGCAAAUAUCAGGGAGAUAUGAAGAACAAUUUAUUGAACAUCGACGUACGCAACUCCAAGAGUUUGUUGAUUAUGUUUGUAGGCAUCCUAUACUAGCACGUAGUCGCGUCUGGGAACAUUUUAUAACUUGUACAGAUGAGAAAAAAUGGAAAGCUGGAAAAAGGCAAGCCGAAAAGGAUGAACUAUUAGGUGUAAAUUAUUUUAAUGCUGUUCAAUGUCCUGAAACAAAUUUGGAUGUUAUAAAAGUAGAAAUUCAGACGGAUGCUUUCAGUAGAUUCAUAAGUGGGUUAGACCCGGUAGUUAAGAAUUUUAUGGCUAUGGCAGUUGACCAAACGAAAAAACAUCAAGUUCUCUAUAAAAGGGAAUUUCAGAAAAUUGGUCAGAGCUUUAGUGCGUUAAGUCACGCAUUAGAAAGCGACGAUAGUAGUCGGGGGAAAUUAACUUAUGCCCUAAAAGUAACAGGAGAUGCUUAUAAUGAUAUAGGUAGAUUAUAUGAAGAGCAACCUAAGUUCGAUUGGGAACCUCUUUCUGAUAAGUUCCAUAUUUAUAGAGGGAUUAUCAGUAGUUUCCCAGAUGUGAUAAAUAUACACAAGACUGCUGUGCAAAAACGAAAAGAUUGCGAAAGAUUAGUAAGUGAACACAAAAUGGAACCGCAACAAUUACGAGACCUUUCUCAUCGAACAGAUAUAAUAGCGCGGACUGUCCUUGCUGAAGAAACGCAUUUUCAAACAGAAAAAGAAAUUCAUUUAACUCAAGCCAUGAAAAAUCAUCUUGCAGAGCAAAUUAUGUUCUAUCAAAAGAUUGUAGAUAGAUUGCGAGAAGCAUUAAAUGCUUAUGAAAGCUAAAAUUGUGUGUAAUGUAAUGUAAAAAUGCUUCAUUUACAGUAUCAUUUAAUGCAAAGUAUGAUAUUAAAACGCGAUGUUUAGUUUCAAAUGUAUAAACUAUAUGAAACGAUAGAAAGAACCUGUGCAUUAAAAUUAUAUGGUAUGUAUUCGUAUUUAAAUCACAAAUACGAUUACACAAUUUCA